UCUGGCAGCUGUCAAAUGUCAGAUGCAGCGGGCUCGACUUCCUCUUUCUCUUUUCCGAUACGUUCGCGGUCGUGUAAAUUUGUGUUUGCAAAUCAAUCCUAGCCAUGGUGCGUAUGAACGUAUUGGCCGAUGCCCUUAAAUGCAUCAACAACGCCGAGAAGCGUGGCAAGCGCCAGGUGCUGCUGCGUCCCUGCUCCAAGGUGAUCAUCAAGUUCCUGACUGUGAUGAUGAAGCACGGCUAUAUCGGCGAGUUCGAGAUUGUCGAUGACCAUCGGUCUGGCAAGAUCGUGGUGAACCUCACCGGACGCCUCAACAAAUGUGGCGUCAUCUCGCCACGGUUCGAUGUGCCCAUCAACGACAUUGAGAAGUGGACCAACAAUCUGCUGCCCUCCCGUCAGUUCGGCUACGUCGUUUUGACCACCUCGGGCGGUAUCAUGGAUCACGAGGAGGCCAGGAGAAAACAUUUGGGAGGCAAGAUCCUCGGCUUCUUCUUCUAAGCGAAGGAACCGGCGUCGUCUACAACCUAAUGCUAAAGCGUAUGUGUGGGAGUUGAUAUGUAGAAUGUUGUUUUAUUUCACACGAGCCUAGGGCCGAGGAGGAUUUCAUUCAAGCAUAAAGUAGUUGCAACAAAACUGAAUGUUCACAGAGUUAACGCGAAAUAAAAUGAUUUGAUACAUAUUAAUAUUAA